AAAGCAUACGAAUGGACGUUGGAUGAUCCGGGAUUUUUUGAAUACCCCAACUGGAGGCAACGCCAACGAUUUGCGCUUGCCACCAUCUACUUUGCCUUGAAUGGACCCUCCUGGAGAUUUGAGGACGAAAGCAACGACUGGCUGUCACAUGACAAAUCCGAAUGCCAGUGGCAGCAAUAUGGGGACGAUAACAGUCCCUGUCGAAAAGAUACAGACGUCUUGGAACGGCUCAUCUUGUACAAUAUCAAGCAGUUUCAAGGCAACCUACCUCCUGAGGUCAGACUGUUGUUUGGUCUGGAAGAAAUCUCCAUUUUGGAAAUAACGACGACGAGCCUCUCUGUCAACCUGACCAGCUUUCUCCCGUGGGAGGAUCUUGCCAACAUGGAGGGCUUGAAACGGUUGGACCUUUCUAGCACCGACAUGCACGGCUCCUUGAUCCCUGGUCUCUCCAUUGGACUGUUGACUUCUUUGGAAGAACUCAACUUGUCCGACGGAUCCCUGAGCGGGACCAUUCCCGAAGAGCUGUCUCUGUUGACCAACGCCAAGAUCAUUGACCUGCGAAACAAUCAAUUGCAAGGCAACGUUCCAGAUGCAUUCUGCUCCAUGCCCAAUCUAGUUGAAUUGAGACUCGAUAAUAACUCGCUGGAAGGCGAGAUUCCCACCUGCUUCCAAUCGCUUCCCGACCUGAUCUUCAGUCAUGAUGGUACUGAGUUGCUGAUGCCAUAG